AUGGCAACACCAGUCCAACCACCAAAAGGAUUUAAGUCAGUUGGGAAACAUUAUUACUCAAUGUGGCAAACUCUGUUUGAAAUCGAUACUAAGUAUGUACCAAUCAAGCCCAUUGGGCGAGGAUCUUACGGUGUGGUGUGUUCUUCUACCAACCAACAGACCAACGAGAAAGUGGCUAUCAAGAAGAUUAAAAAUGUGUUUGACAAUCGCUUCGAGGCAUUGAGAACACUCAGGGAGAUGAAGCUUUUGAGGCACAUAAGACAUGAGAACGUGAUUGCUUUGAAGGAUGUGAUGAUGCCUGCGCAUAGAAAUAGUUUUAAGGAUGUGUAUUUGGUUUACGAGCUCAUGAACACUGAUCUUGAUCAGAUUAUCAGAUCUUCUCAGCCCCUUUCAAAUAAUCAUUGCAAGUGUUUGAUGUAUCAGAGCCUUUCCGGCUUGCAGUAUCUUCAUUCAACCAACAUUCUUCACCGAGAUUUGAAGCCCGGGAACCUCCUCGUCAAUGCUAAUUGUGAUCUGAAGAUUUGUGAUUUCGGGUUAGCACGAACGAGCAAAGGCCAGGACCAAGUCAUGACUGAGUACGUUGUUACUCGCUGGUAUCGUGCACCAGAGCUUCUCCUAUCCUGUGGCAGCUAUGGGACUUCCAUUGAUGUGUGGUCUGUGGGAUGCAUCUUUGCUGAGAUUUUGGGUCGGACACCUAUCUUCCCUGGGAUGGAUUGCCUCAACCAACUAGAGUUAAUCAUCGAAGUUCUCGGCAAUCCAAAGGAAGCAGAUAUCGAGUUUAUUGAUAAUCUAAAGUCCAUAAAAUUUAUCAAAGCUAUGCCUUUCUCAAAAGGGGUACAAUUUUCAGAUCAAUAUCCACAAGCUGAACCUUUAGCUUUGGACUUGCUACAAAAGAUGCUUGUGUUUGACCCGAGGAAAAGAAUUACCAUUAAUGAAGCACUUCAACAUCCAUACAUGUCUGAGCUAUACGACAUGGAAUUCAAUUCUACUGAUGAGAUUCCCCUUAGUCUCGACAUCGACGAAUCACUUGAUGAGCAUGAGAUUAGAGAAAUGAUAUUGACUGAGAUGCUCUAUUAUCAUCCUGAAACUGCUCCAACGUAG